AUGGAUAACCCUCCUGAAGAGUCAAGCCUUGAAAACGUUAAUAUUAAGCCGUUGGACUCUGAUUAUACGGAUAUUUUAGAAAAUGGUCAUACGGUUCUUUCAGAAGACCAGUCCGAAAUCCCUAAUGAGUUUAACACGGGAAACGAGAUGGAAGUUGAAAUGUGUAGUCCAGAUAGAUUACUGCAUGAGGACUUCAUUGAUGCUUCCGAUGAGCUUCUGAUCGUUGAGCCAAGGCGAUCUUUUGAUUUUAAUGUGGAGUUACUCCGAGCAACAUGUGAAAGCCUUUAUGAAGGGAUGGAAGCAUCCGAAGCGUUUUUGUACAUCGGGGCUCGUCUACCAUUUUACGGGAGUUCAAACGUAUGUAUCUUUGGAAAAGAACCGUUCCCGCGAAGAAUUGAUGAGACCCGUACACUUGGUCCUGUCGAAUGUGACCUUCCCUGUUCAUCAAACAGCUUAAAACCGGCAUUGUUUUCGCCCGCAACCUCACAAUUAAAUUUUGUGUCUUGUAAUGGGGCCGGUAUGGCGCAGCAGUCUGAAACUGAUGGUAUAGCGAGCGAGGUGUACAACUGGCUACCAAAGAAGAGAUACAAAAUUGAUUUGAUCGACAGGCACUUCGAAGAUUUCUAUUCACGUGUUGCACAUCCAAUUAUUCGUGCCUUCAAAACAACUCAAAGGACCUUGUUCUUCAUUGACCGUAGUUUGAGUUUCUUUCCUGGGUCGCUAGAGCACUUAGCGCAGAAAAUGGGUUUAAUAGGAUGUUUGGAGUAUUUUGAUCGUCGAUUGUCGCAAACAAAGCUAGACAUGUACUCAUUUGCUGAAAGCUUCAUCGACUUUUGUAUGCUCAGUGAAGAUGCGAAAAGGACGGUAGUCAAAAAAACGUUCUUUGAGAUGUCGCUUGUGGCUUAUUCUGUGACUUGUGCAAUGAGCAACAAAGGGAGUUUAAUGACAAGUAAUAAGAUCUUGCCAUCGACGUUCUUGGGCUUUUGUCAGGAAGAGCUGGCGAGGAGGUUCGAUGCAAUGGUGGCUAGUUGUUUAAAGUCGCUCGUGAGGCAGUCUUUAGGUUGGGAACUAGGGGCAGUCGUUUGCGCCUGGAUCUUAAACCAAGGGAUGAAGGCACAAGACACUUACGGCUAUGUCCCCAAGCUGGAGAAGUGCCUUCGGUACAAAUUCCGAACGUUCGAGCACCCGGAGCAAGAAUGGAAAUAUUUGUCCCAUACAGUUUACAAACUUCGUAGGACACGCCUGAUGUACGAAGAUCUGUCGGGAUACGCUCAUUGUGCCUCGGUUUGCCAGCCCAUAAAUGAGCCCCACCUCGACCUUACCCCCGUUCAAUAUUACCCAGUUUGA